AGGAGAGUGUGAGUGUGUAUGGAAAUGUGAGCGACAGAAAAGGUAGAAGAAGUAAAAGGAAAUACAUUAAAAGGAGGAAGAGAAAGUAGCAGCUACGUUGCUUUCUGUUUUGGGAAUUUACACAUCCGAAACAUUCUCGUGCAAACUUGCUGAGAGUUGUCCUCAACCGGCGCGCGGACAGAGCUCGAGGUGGGAAGCGAGAAAAAAAUCCUCCGGGAUGGUGCUGGUGCUGGACUCCCGCUUCCCUCGCGCUGGCGUCCCGAGAAUCACGCGCCAUUGAAGAGGGGGGUGAUAUUGUGCAUGCGCUUUGGCUUCACUGCGUGCACGCUCGGGUCGGUCGAUGCGAGCACACACACUGACUGACUGACUGACUGACUGGCGUGGCUCUCGGCCUCCAUUUGCCAGUUUGUGUUUAUGUUCGAGGGAUUCACCGAGGCCCUAACGACGGCGACGACGACGACGGCGACGUGCAACAGUUGAGAGUUCCAACGGGGACGUUGUUAUUACGUCGCCGCCCCGUAAGGCCACGAGGCAUCCAACCGAUGUUUGAAAGGUAUCAAAUGAGGUGGAACACCACAGCCAUCAGCGAUGCCUGCCACAGACUCUGAACUCGCAUCAAUGGAGGGCCCUCAUGCAUUGGAGGAUGAGAAGGGGGGCUUGACUAAUACCCCCUCCUCGGUACCUCCUGAUACAGUCCCUUCUUCGGCUCCUCUUGUUCCGACCACUACGAGAUGUAAUUUCACUAGUGAGACUGUGAUUGAGACAAAAGCUGUCUCAAUGGCAAGUAAUGACUGCAGCUCGGCGCUCUCUUCACCUGCUGAAGCUAGCCCGGCAAAGGCGACUGUGACCUCACCUACUACGUUUCACGGGACCAUUGAAACAAGCCCACAAGCUACCUCACAUAUAGCAUCAGCGUCAGACUCCCUGUCAUCCACAGGGACGAGCUUAGUCAACAUAUCAGAAUCGCCAUCGUCGUUGCCCGUGUUGCCAUCUACCACAUUUGGUGGUACCGACCCUAAAACUGACUUUCCGGCUGUGCUGACCUUCAAAGGCGUCAGCAUCACUCUGGAGAAUAACAGUGUGUGGAAGCAGUUCAACGGCUGUGGCACUGAGAUGAUUCUUACUAAACAGGGCCGCCGCAUGUUCCCGUACUGUCGGUAUCGCCUCGCUGGCCUAGAUCCUGAGCGGAAGUACAGUCUAGUCCUGUCCAUAGUUCCAUCAGACCAGUACAGGUACCGCUGGAGCACAACCAAAUGGGAAGUUAAUGGACCAGCAGAACACCAGGCCCAGGGUCUAAUCCGGGCGUUUGCCCACCACUACUCGCCAUGUCUCGGCUCGGACUGGAUGGGCAGCUUGGUGUCCUUUUAUAAACUCAAACUGACCAAUAAUCCCGUAGAUCAGGACGGUCAUAUAAUCCUACACUCCAUGCAUCGUUACAUUCCUAGACUACAUGUGAUACCGGUCCCGGAGGGGGACGUAUUCACACCUGAGCAGCCCGUGGUUAUGGGACCAGAGAGCAUGACUUUUACAUUUCCACAAACCGAAUUCAUGGCCGUGACGACUUAUCAGAACUUUCGGAUCACCCAGCUGAAAAUAAAUCAUAAUCCGUUUGCAAAGGGCUUCAGGGAGGAUGGUAACAACACCCGCCUAAACCGGGUCACCACAGAGACCCAGCUUGUGGUGAGGACGGACCCUCUGCCUUCUGCUUUAAAACCUGCUGAACUCCUUGAACCUAAGGAGGAGGAGGCUGUGGAUCUAAGCAUAAAAAAUCACACCGUCUCUGCUUCUCUCUCAAAUGAGCAACAGACCAGACUGGUCCUGAAGCCCAUAAUGUCUAACAAUGGCAGUAAGCAUGAGGCAUAUGUCCCCUGUAUAAGAGGCAAGCAUGCCCUGGGUGAGCUUGUGCUCGUCCAAAAACGCCCAUGUGUGGAACCCAGCGAAGAAACCCACAACGUCUGUGUAAACCCCACACAGAGCGUCAGAGUAACGCCCAAAGCGAUAUCCGUGACUCCCACUUCCACAAGGUCUACUCCAGGAUCAUCACCCGAGUCCCGCAAGAGGAGGAAAAGGACGAACAGACGUUGGGCGAAUUCACGGGGAAAAGAGUGGAAGGCUGCGGCUGCCUCCCCCACGGUAGUCCACAGCCCAUCGUUAACUGUCGCUAUGCAACCAGAGCUGGAUGAUGUAGAAGGCCUGUUGUUUGUGUCAUUUACCUCAAAGGAAGCUCUUGAGGUUCACGCCAGGGACAAGCCAGCCACAUCAUCAGCAUCUCCAGUUUCCCUAACAACACCGCUACAGAAGCAAACAGUGGAGGUCAUUCCAGAGACUGAUGAGGAUAAAAUAGUCCGCUUGGAGGCUAACCUGCUGCAGGAUCUCAGACUUCUCAAACACAGACAGGUCAUCCAUCCUGUGCUGCAGGAGGUGGGGAUGAAAUUGAGCUCACUAGACCCAACCAAGCCCGUCGACCUGCAGUAUUUGGGGGUUCGUCUGCCUCUACCUCCCCCGAGCCUACCAGAGGAAGCCAACGCCACCUCUCCUGCUGACGAGGGGCUACCCUUCAUCUCACGGACAGGAAAGACGAACGACAUGACGAAGAUAAAGGGAUGGAAAAACAAGUUCAUAAGAAACAAAGAGACGUCUCCGGCUAACUGUGAUGGAUCACAAAAGAACCUCUCGGCCUUCUGCAGCAAUAUGUUGGAUGAGUACUUAGAAAGUGAAGCGCAGUACAUCAGUGAGCGUGCUGCUGCCUUCUCUACAAACCCAGAGGGCUCUGUGGCCUAUCAGCUGCCUGCUAAAAGCUCCAGCUAUGUAAAGACCUUGGACAGCGUACUCAAGCAUCGAAAUGCUGGCUCCAAACUCUCAGCCGGGGCUAACAGACCAUGUCCUCUUUCUUACAAACCCCUCCUUUACUCUGCCCUAACGUUACCGGCUCCUCCUCUGGCCAGCCCCGCGACCCCCGUUCAAACAGGAGCUCGGUCCAUGCAACAGCCAGGAGCUGCGUUGAUAGCUCAUGCUGCUGCUGGGUCCGACAGCAUUAGUUCUGUUUCACAGAGAUUACCUUCAGGGAUCAGCUCGAGAAACUUCGGGCAGAGCCAUGGGACGAUACACAGAUCUCCAGGCUUCACAAAGUUCCAUUCCAGGCUGAUGUUGAUGGAAAAGGGAGCUGUGAACCAGGGCCUGAGCAGAACACAGCUGACGCCAGACAGGCUGUCAGCGGCCCUGUCUGUAAUUCUGACAAAACAGAUGCAGCCUAACCAGGUCUUGAAAACAUCUAAGUAUCCAAAGUAUAAAGAUGAGGGGCCCGAAUGUGGUCAGGACUUCUGCAGACUUGGCUGUGUGUGUUCCAGUCUCAGGCAUCUGAACAAGGGUCCCUUCCACUGCCGGCGGCCUGAAUGCAUGUUUGGCUGUACUUGUUUCAAACGCAAGAUCUUCAAGCACUUGAGCUCAGUGGAGACUGAACAACAGACCCCGCCUGUUUACUCUAUGACUAAUAUGGAACAUGUGGACCAACCUCGACCAGGCUCCCAUGCUAAUAAACUGUGGAACCGCAACAUUCGUGAUGUAGAUCCAGACCCACUCUUCACCCCAAAAAGUGCUCCUCUGAGUUUGGCCCAUUUAAAGGCCGUAAAACGCGGCAGUGUACCUCGUCCAACACAACCGAUUCGAGAAGAGGAUAAGGAUCCAGUGUAUAAAUAUUUGGAGAGCAUGAUGACAUGUGCACGCGUAAGAGAGUUCAACAGCAAGCCUCCACCUGAAGUCACCAUAGAGCCCAAGAUCCUCGAUACUUUGGCAGCAAAACCACAGGAAACGACCACUGAUAACCCGCCGAAAAAGUACUACAAAACCGUACUGAUUGUUAAACAGUCAGAAAAUGGAACCACAUCCAAUGAAAUGGAAGCAAGAAAACAAAUUGAAAUCCAGUCAGCGUGUCAGUGGUACAAGGACCACAAAAUGGUCGUGGAAGGUUUAUAUCAACGCAUGAAUCAGAAUAAGUUGUCUCAGCGCUUCUUUAUAGGACCUUACCUCAUCAGCCCGGUGGACAAGGUCUUCAUACGGAAGCCCAGCGGCUCCAUCGUCACCUACAGGGUGCAAAUCAGUAAACCAUCAAAAAGCAGUGAUAAUGAUGAGGACGAGUUCGAUGAGAGCGAUGAGGAAAUGUAUGACAAUAAAAGCCACGAUGAGGACACUGAUGCAGAAGAAUGUGGUCAAAUUGAAGGGCCAACCCUGCGGAUUGGAGUCACACCCUUCCUGAGUAGAGUAAUACCUGCCGGCAAACUGAGAGCCAGGACCAAACCUGUUGGCUGCAAAGCAUCUGGACUUAUACAGGUAAAUGGAAAAUCCUACAAUCAGGCCAGACUGUUGCUGGGGAACAUGGGAUCUCUGCAUCCAGCCAACCGCUUUGCAGCAUACAUCACAGGCCGACUGCUUGCGCCCGCUGGCGUUUUUCUCAAAAACCCAGAGAAAUCACACACUACAAACAAAAUCAACCCUCCUCGUACUCUGCACAUAAAAGCUGCGGGCACAGUUGUCCCUCCUAUUAUAACUGCAAGGAAAACCACUGAGCUCAAGACAUCAACGCAACCACCAGUUCAGGUAUGUCAGCCCGACUCUCGGCGAAAGGGGUCCGUCAACUUGCCGCAGAAUUCACAGAACUUCUCGACCAUCAGCCCUGUCCAGAUGUUCCCCUCUGGCCAACGCAGCUCAGUCAGCCCCUUCCAGGGCUGCUCCAUGUCCUCGCCCGUCUCUCUCACGGUCUCGCCGUCACUGAAAACCCCCAGCUUUUUACAUCAGAGUGGGACCUAUUCAUUCAGGAUCUGCCCUCCGGCUAACCAGGACACCAGAGACCAGAACCUACCAGGAGUCACCCUUCCUGGGGGCUUCACCCUCAUUCAACUCCCUAAGCCUGGAGCUAAUGGAGCUGCGCAACAAUCAGAAUCCGUGAAGACUUCAAACGUGGCUGGAAUGGAUAAAGCCCCACCACUAAAAGAUGCUUUGUUUAAUUUUGGCCACUUAGCAGCUGAUUCAGAUGCAAAUCGGCUUGGUUUGGACACCUUUACUAGGGUUAAGGAACUGUUAAGCAGCAGAUUGGUUGAGUCUGGAUCCUCCCCUGGUCUCAUGUGUGAAGAGAAGAUGCCCUCAGAUGAGAGCGAUGAAACCAACAGCAGGCAGGUGGCCUUGGACAUCACUUCAGAGGACUUAAGCUCCAGCUCCUCGGACUACUCUGGAGAGGGUGACGACGAUGUGAGUGAGGAGGACGUGGACAUUGAGACUGUAGAAGUCGGACAAGGAAUGGCCAUCGCCAUGAAAGCACCUUACAUGAAAAAACUUAAAGAGACACGAGACUCCAGUGGUAAUUUGACAUCAUUGAGGGAAUUUAACAUCCAGGGUCGAAUGGACAAUGAACACGAUGAGUCUAAGGAUAAAAAGAGGAGAACAAACCACACUGUGCUAGAGAGGCAAAGACGCUCUGAACAGCGGCACCUCUUUGACAAACUCCAGACAGUCCUUAAGAGUGACCCUAAGGCGCCCAGGCUCCGCCUCCUCUCACUGGCCCUUAAGGAAAUCCAAAAUCUGGUUGAGACCUCUAAACGUCUGGAGGAGAAGAAGAGGAGGCUGACUCGCCUGCAGUCUGUUUAUAUGAAGGAGCUUUCCCUCUUGUCUGGAAAGUCUGAUACAGUGAUUAAACACAAGCUGAAUCAGAUCUGCGAGAAGCAGAAAAUGAGAGAGAAGACGACGAAAUGGAGGCCUUUCUUUUCCCAAAUUCUCCAGUCCAGAGCUGCUCUUCUGCAAGCCACUAAUCCCCCAUCCAAGCUCCAGCGCUCACCCCUGUUACAGCCCAACUUCUGCGUGACUCCAUCUCAGACUAGCCUGCGCACAACUGCAGCCCAGAAGAGUGUAGACCGGACACCCAUAGACCGGACACCCAUAGACCGGACACCCAUAACGACGCCCCCUUCUCUGCCUCAAGCAGUGUCCUCUCCAGCCCAGGUUGAGGUCACUGCACCUUCAUCACUGGCAGAGAAAAAGCCCCCAACAGUCCCCUCAGUCGCAGAUACACUUCAAGUCACUGCAGCCCAGGAUGGAGCAUCACCUCCACCUCUUUUCUCAACACCCAAUUCCAACAACACCUCUGUUGAAAAAUCACAGCCCUUUACUCUUCCUCUGAUUCGCUCCAAGACCGGCAGAAUCAUACUUCCUUCAUCUCUGAAACCACUUGGUCAAGGCUUCUACACUCUUAUCGUUAUGGAUGAGAAGCCGGAAGAAGAGGAUGGUAAGGUCAAUACGCAGCCUUCUGUUGUGGACUCGUCCAAGAAUGUAGAGAGGAGCUCUUCUAAAUCUGAUCACACUGCAGAUUCAGAAAGGAGUCGUAUUUUGGAGCAGGACAAAUAUGUACAAUCCUUAGACCCUGAACCAAAUCGAUCAGGUGUCCCCCUGGCUGCACUUGUCCUCCUCAACAAAUCAAUCGGUGUACCUUCUGCGGCUGCGGAAGCUGUGAAAAGCCAGGAGGGAGAUGCAGCGGUGGGUUUGAGCAAAACGCAGGCAUCUGCCUGCUUGAGUUUUAAACGUUUGCAUCGGAGUCCUACUUCUGCCGAGCUGGAGCCAGAGCCGGAGCCGGAACCCGAGCCGGAGCCCAAUCAAAGCCCUCCCAAUGCCCGCUGUGGCAGAGGCAAAGGCAGACCUCGAAAGAACGCUGCUACCCCUGAGAAUGAAGAUGUAAAACCUACUGCAGUAGAAGACACCAGGAAAGCUGUGAGUGAAAGUGAAACAUCUAUUGUGGUUAAAAAGAGACAAAGUAAAAAGUUUACUAAAUUGGAGGUGACCAGAGACAGCCCAGGAGUUUUGAGUGAUCACCCGGUGCCAGGCAGACGAGCCAGAGGAAGACCUCCGAAGAACAGGUCGGCACAACUGAGGAGCCCUCCGGGUAUGCGAGCAAGAAGUAGUCCAUAUAAAUCCAGCGAGGACAGCCCUGUCAGACACUCUCGCAGUUUUAAAAGCCUGGACGUUAAACCCAAGAAAAGUCCCAAAACAACCACCUCACCUUUGACCACAUCUAGGCCUUUAACCCGAGGUUCUCUAGGAAAGGACUUCCCCAGUGCAAAGAAACGCUCCUGGAUCGACAUAGAAAAAGAACUGGAACCAGAGCUUGAAUUUGAAUAGUCCUCACACUUUUGCGUCUCUACACAUUCACGUGACCUCUUUUCUGUAUAUGUUAGCACAAAACUCAGUGGAUCUUUUUCAUACUACAGAGAAAUGCUGUUUUUGGUAUAAAGAAUAUAAGAGAAAGCAUUAAUUGACCUGGUGAAUGUAUGAAUCAGAUGUAUAAUAACUCCCACAUUAAGUUUGCAUAAUGUGUUUUCUAACAUACGUUUCUUUGAUACCUGUCGGCCACAUGUCGUGUUUACUUCUCGUCAGAAACAGGAUUUGUUCAAACUGUUGAAUCAAAUUCUUUAUUACGGAUCUGUCUUAUGCAAGUGGGAAUAGAAUCCAAUAUGUUAAGCCUUAAAGUGUAUAAAUGUCUGUAUCCUGAAAAUGACCAGAAAAUACACUGCCUCAUUAACUCUGAAAUGUUAACUUAUGAUUAUUUUUUUAAAUUGAGAAAUAGUUUGAUGCGUUCUUCCCUUUAAAAUUCUUGUAUACCGUUACUAACUCAGUGAAGAUCAUCUGUAGUAGCACUUUAUGUUUUUUGGUAGAAACCACAAUGAUGUCUGAUGUUUGCUUUAGUCUGUUAGUUCACAAAUAUGAACCCGCAUUUAAACCCGACGUGUCCCGAGCAAUCAAGAUGAAAGCAUUAGCCAUAUAUUAUGUCUGUUAAAAUAACCUCUGUAAAUAAUGUAUUUCUUUCUUUUUUUAAAUUCCACUACAUGUGUUUGUUUUGUGGACGAUUUUGAAACACUGGUUUUCCUGUUACUUUAGUUCAGUUGAAAAUGUGAAGAAUUA